AUCCAACUUCCAAAUCCCAGGAUGUCCUCCAUACCCUGCUAACUCCAACCGCAAAAAGAAAAAUGCCCCGAAACCUCCCCUGGCUCCUCGACACCACCGCGAGCAGUAAACUCUCCUCCACCACCACCUCCUCAUCCCGAUCGCGAUCCCGAACCUCCACCCCACAACCCCGUCGCGCGGGCGCGACAUCAUCAUCAGCAGCAGCAGCAGUAGCAGCGUCCUCAACAGCGCGAACCAAUGCGCUCAAGCAAACCAGCAGCCCCCCAGGCUCCGGGGGCUCUCGCACCUGUCGACGGGACUUUCUUCGAUCCUCCCCAACACCCCCCUCCUCCCCCAUCCACCGCUGUCCUUCGGAAGAAUAUCUCAUCCCCGGCCUCCACAACGACGACCUCUACAUGAUGGUCGAAGACGAAUUCUACAGCGUCGCGCAGUCCUUCACCCAGCACCUGCAUUACGCCGAGUACGUGCGCCGGAAGAAGGAGGUGAAGGCGCAGCGGCAGCAGCAGAAUACCAGUCUUGGGGAUCUGGUCCGUCGACCCACCGACGGGGUCACCCCGCUCAGCGAGGAGAGUAAAAAGCGAAACGCCCAGGAGGAGUUGGCGGCGAGGCAGUGGGAGGGGUUGGAGACGAUGAAUAUCCGGAAAAGACCGAUUGUGAGUGAGGAUGAGGAGGAAUUAGCAGAAGAGGAGGAGGAUGAGGCCUGGGCGGGGACGUCGUUGCAUGAGUUGAUGGUUAGUCCGCGGAAGAAUCGGUCGUUGGUUGGGGUGCAGGGGAUCCGGUCGGCGACGAGGGCGGCGGCCGGGUUUGCGCAGGCGGUGGGAGGGAGGAGGGUUGGGAUUGCGGGUGGGACUGGGACUGGGGUUACGGAUGGUGGUGGGGGAGGGCAGGGCGAUCGGGGUGUGGGAGGAAGCAGACAUGGGAGGGAGGAUGUGCACCGAGUUGACGACGAUGAGGAUGCUACGGCAUCCGAUGAGGACGACGACCUCGAGGCACAUGUGAAGACCGCCCCUCAACCUCGACAAGCUCCGCGACGACGAUCGCGACGCUCUCCUCCGCUGCAAACAGAGGAACGCGACUUCGCGACGAGCUCGGACUCUUCUCCAAAGUCCCCAUCCUACGAAGGAUCUACGACCGAGCCAAAAUCCAGAAAAGCGCAGUCUAUGAAUGCCACUACUACAUAUCGUACACCGACUCCAACCGCUAUUAAAUCCAAGAGGAGAUUAAUCUUUGAUGACUGGGACCAGCUUCCAGAGCUGCCGCCCCAGUCGAACGUCCAGGUCCAAUCCCGCCUGGCGUCGUCGUCGUCCAGUGAAGCUCCUCCUCGUCCACCGCAAAACCCACGAGGCAUUGAUACAAAGGCGAAGAAGAAAUCGCGUCUCAACGAAGUGCCAACCUUCCUUCUCUGA